AUGACGACCAACCUCAGUUUCUCCUCCACCAGCCCGUUCAACUCGCUCAUCGUCGACACCGCGACGGGCGAGACCCUCUUCGAGACCACGACCCCCUUCAAGUUCGGAGCGCGGACCACGACGCUGUACAACCCCCGGCAGGAGGUCGUCGGCAUGUACGAGCGGCGGUGGGGGCGGGACACGGUCACGUUCCACGGGGAGACGCACCCGCUGUCCGAGUGGCUGCCGCACUGCGGGGCGUUCGCGUCUCGGUCGCGCCGAUUCUCCGCCCCGAACGGGAAGGCGUACGAGUGGAGACGAAGGUCCGGCGCGGCCGCUCUCAAGCUUGUAGCGACGGACACCGGCCGGACCGUGGCGAAGGCGCAUCGCGCCCACCGCGAUCAGCAGCUGAGCGUCGACCUCGAGCCCGAGCUGGCUCCGUUCCUUGACGAGGUGAUGUUCUCGUUCAUCAUCUGUGAGGAGAGGCGCAGACGGACUGCGUACGCUGCUGCGGCUGUAGGUGGCAGCACAACUGCGUAG